AUGGCUUCCUCCAGCCCAUCACUGAUGCCCGAUGGCCAGAGUGCUCGCCCCAAGAAGCUCCAGCGCGCCUCAAGGGCUUGUGACUUCUGCCACAAGCGCAGCAUCCGCUGCCGUCGCAGUGACUCGGACGAGGACCGCUGCCAGAAUUGUUUGGAUUUUGACAUCGCCUGCAUCUACACGCGUCCGUGGAAGAGAGCUCGCGGCGGCGUGAAGUCGCACUCGGCCGUCGCCAACGCCGAGCGAAGGAACAGCUCCAUCGCCUCACACAACCCUCAUCCUACGCCCUCCGACACCCAGCUGAGCCCCGAACAACCCGAACCCGCCACCUAUGGGACUCGCGUCCUGCAACACGCCUCGCACUCGAGGGCGGCCCCAGAGUCUGCAUACGCGAGGCCGUUGGAGCGCCAGUUGUCGACGUGCAGUACUCAUGAUGGCAUGGGCGAGGCGUGGAAGGCUUUCGCUGUCGCGAGCGGGCCCGCCAUUCGAUCUUUGAUGGAGAUAUACCACCAGAUUGUCUAUCCCAUUUUCCCGCUGUUCCACCGCGGCACGCUGCUGCUCAAGCUCAACCGACGGGAAUAUCUAUAUGACCGGGGAUUCUUCGCAUCCAUCAUGGCUGCCUGUAGCCUGGUGUCGGCGCGUGCUCGUGAUGGUGCUUUGGCGCCCUGGUGUAUUAAUCCCGCCCAGCCUGAUGACGUCCCCUCGGAGACCUUCUAUGCCGCCGCCAAGGAUGCGCUGCCCAAGGAGCUAACGACUGCCUAUGGCCUGGACUAUUUGCGAGCUUGCGCGUUGAUGUCAAUCGCAAGCAUCCAGUUCGGCAAGAUUGACAAGAUGCAUGAAUAUCUAGGCCAUUACUUUACGCUUUCGGCUAUGCAACGCUUCUCCGACGAGGGGCAUUGGCCAAAGAACAUCGCGCAGAUAGAGCGCGAGGAGAGGAGACGCCUCUUCUGGUCCAUCUACACCCUCGAUAUCUAUUCGUCUAUCGUGUGGAAUGGCCAGCUGCAUUCACGGGAAAGCCACACUUUUGUGAACUAUCCAUCAGAAGCCGAUGAUGAGCAAUUGGAAGCUGCCCCAACGGCCUUGAUAGAUCCCGUGUGCUGGCUUCAUGGCUGGAAUUUCACUACUGAUCUCUAUCGUGUGCUCGAACAUACGGUGAAUCGGUUGCGUUCCCGCCGCGUGUCUCCCGUAUCGUCACGGUCCGUCCACACCUGCUUCCCCGAAGAGCCAUUUUCCGGACCAGCCGUACUGCAGUCGACGUUUGAGAAGUACUCGGUGCUUCCAAUGUGCUUCAAGAACCUGCCCCAAGUGACCGGAGACCCCGAAAAGGACAUCUUUGGCUUCCAGGCCGCUAACAUCCAAGCCACGCUGCAGCUGCUGCGAAUGGUGCUUUUCUCAGUCCAAGAGCACGCCGACGUGGACCAAAAAUGCCAAAUUGCCGCCGAGCUGCUCGCGACCUUCCAAACCGUCCCCAUCGCGUACCAAAAAGCCAUCAGCACGCCGCUGAUCUACCACCUCGCGGGCAUCGGCACAAUCCUGGGCUCCGUGAUGGAGAGCCCGCUGUCCGAGGCGUCGUACCUCAAGCUGCGCGACAUGCUGCUCUCGAUGGCGGACCUGCUCGAGAACCUCGAGUCCGGGCUGUACCGCACGCAGGGCACGGGGCGCGGGCUGCGCGCCCAGGUCGACCGCAUCGACGAGUACAUGCGGCUGCAGCGCAACGCGGUGGUGACGCCGUCGUUCCAGAACACGAUUGCGGACCUCACGGCUUCGGUCCAGCAGCACCACCACCAGCAUCAGCACCAUCACCAUCAUCACCAGCAGCAAAACGUCACCCCGUUCAUGACUGCUGCUGCUGCCGCCGCUCCCGCUGCCCCAAACGGCUUGCACUCGGCCCCUGCCCCUGUGCCCCCGGAAGCGUAUCAUUUCCAGCUCCCGCCCGAGAUCCUCGAGGACUGGCCUUGGCCUAUCGAUAUGGCGCAGGAUUAUGGCGUCUUCCCUUUUGGCUCCAGCGAGCUCUAG